ACAUUAAAGAUGGCUUACAAAUUCGGAUGUCAUAUCAACUACGUCCCAUUCAUUUAAAAUUAUAUAUUGGUCAAAAGUUAAAGGAAUUUCUGGUGGCAGGACGAGAGGCGCCAGGCGAAAGCUGUCGCUGAGUCUGUGACGCGCAACGCGCACCGGCUGUCGGCUUCCUAGUUGUUUCCCCUUUUCCCUGCUGCUUGUGGUGUUAUUUGUAAAUAUUAUUCCCCUUAAAAUGGCCACCAUGGAGAAACUGAUGAAGGCCUUCGAGUCACUCAAGUCAUUCCAGCAACAGCAAGGACUGCCGCUCGCCGAGGAGCUUGUCCAGAAGCAGAAGAAAGACCCUGCCACUACCAAAAAGGACCGAGUAACUCAUUGUCUAACAAUAUGUGAAAACAUCAUUGCACAGUCCUUGAGGACGUCCCCUGAGUUCCAGAAACUGCUGGGCAUUGCCAUGGAGAUGUUCCUGCUGUGCAGUGACGACAAGGAGUCAGACGUCAGGAUGGUGGCCGACGAGUGCCUCAACAGAAUGAUCAAAGCACUAAUGGAUUCCAACCUUCCUCGACUACAGCUUGAGCUCUACAAAGAGAUCAAAAAGAAUGGCCCUUCACGGAGCCUCAGAGCAGCGCUGUGGAGGUUCGCUGAGCUUUCGCAUCUUGUGCGGCCACAGAAAUGCAGGCCUUACCUGGUGAACCUGCUGCCCUGCCUGACUCGGAUCAGCAAGCGGCCGGAGGAGCCGGUGCAAGAGACCCUCGCUGCGGCCAUCCCCAAGAUCAUGGCGCCGUUUGGGAACUUUGCCAAUGAUGGGGAGAUUAAGGUGCUGUUGAAGGCGUUUGUGUCGAACCUGAAGUCCAGCUCCCCGACGGUGCGCCGCACGGCGGCCAGCUCGGCGGUCAGCAUCUGCCAGCACUCGCGCCGGACGCAGUACUUCUACACCUGGCUGCUGAACGUGCUGCUUGGAUUGCUGGUGCCAGUGGAUGACGAGCACCCCAGCCCCCUGAUUCUGGGGGUGCUGAUGACGCUCCGCUACUUGAUGCCCCUCCUCCAGCAGCAGGUCAAGGACACCAGCCUGAAGGGUAGCUUCGGGGUGACACGCAAAGAGGCUGACAUCGCCCCCACACCAGAGCACCUGAUCCAGGUGUACGAGCUGACGCUCCACUACACGCAGCACCACGACCACAACGUGGUGACGGCCGCCCUGGAGCUGCUGCAGCAGACGCUGCGCACGCCGCCGCCCGACCUCCUGCACGCCCUCAUCACGCCCGGCGGCGUCCCCCGGGCCAGCAUCUCCCGCGAGGAGACGGAGAGCCGCGCCCGCAGUGGCAGCAUCGUGGAGCUCAUCGCUGGAGGGGGGUCCUCCUGCAGUCCACUGCUCCUCAGAAAACAGAAAGGGAAGCUGCUCUCUGGAGAAGAGGAGGGGCUGGAGGAUGACCUUGAGACAAGGUCAGAUGUCACCACUGGAACUUUCACAGCCUCGGUGAACAGCGACGGGGCCAGCGAGGUGCCCUCGUCCUCGGGCGUCUCCUCGCUGGACUCCUCUGGCGUCCACGACAUCAUCACGGAGCAGCCGCGCUCCUCACAGCGCAGCCUGCAGCCGGGGGACUCAGUGGACCUGAGCGCCUCCUCGGAGCAGGGCGGGGCCGACACGCCGGAGGAGGAGGAGGACGUGCUGAGCCGCAGCUCCAGCCAGGUCAGCGGCGGCGGCGGCGGUGGCGGCGCGGCCGACACCAACCACCACACCUGCUCGCCCACCAGCGACAGCUCCCAGACCACCACCGAGGGACCCGACUCGGCCGUCACGCCCUCCGACUGCUCCGAGCUCGUUCUGGAUGGUAGUGACAGCCAGUACUCAGGGAUGCAGAUUGGGAUGCUGCAGGAUGAGGAGGAGGAAGGGAGCGGCACUGUUCUGGAAGAAUCCCUGGAGCCUUUCUCCCAGUCCACGCUGGCCCUUCGAAAGCCUCAUUUGAUGGAAGGCAUGGGUCACAGUCGGCAGGCCUCCGACAGCAGCGUGGACAGAUUCAUACCAAAGGAUGAGGUGAUGGAGUCUGCAGAGCCUGAAAACAAGCCAUCCAGGAUAAAAGGUGAGAUCGGCCAUUACACAGACUGCAGAGCUGAACCGCUGGUCCACUGUGUGCGCCUCCUCUCAGCCUCCUUCCUUCUGACUGGGCAGAAGAAUGGUGUGGUGCCCGACAAGGAGGUGCGUGUGAGUGUGAAGGCUCUGGCUGUGAGCUGCGUGGGGGCUGCUGCUGCCCUGCACCCCGAGGCCUUCUUCAGCAGUCUCUACCGGGAGCCUCUGGAGGGCCUGCAGCCACAUGAGCAACAGUACAUUACCGACAUACUAAACUACAUUGAGCACGGAGACCCACAAAUUCGCGGAGCUACUGCAAUCUUAUGUGGGACAGUAAUCUGUUCCAUCCUCAACAAAACACGCUUCAGUGCUGAAACCUGGCUGGCCAGUGUCAAAAGCUCAACAGGAAACCCUGUCUCCCUGGUGGACUGUGUGCCUUUACUGCACCGGAGCCUGAAGGAUGAGUCCUCCGUUACGUGCAAGAUGGCUUGCUCUGCUGUGAGGCACUGCAUCAUGACCCUUUGCAACAGCAGCUUCAGCGAGCUGGGCCUGAAGCUUAUUAUCGACCUCUUGACACUCAGGGAAAGCUCCUAUUGGCUAGUGAGAACAGAGCUGCUCGAGACGCUGGGAGAGCUGGAUUUUCGGUUAGUCAGUUACCUGGAGAGAAAUACAGACUGUUUGCACAAAGGGGACCACCACUACACAAAGCUGCUGAAACUGCAGGAUCGGGUUCUGAAUGAUGUGGUCAUACCCUUACUGGGGGACGAGGACCCGCGGGUGCGGCAUGUGGCUGCGAGCACUGUUAGCAGGCUGGUCUCCAGGCUGUUCUACGACUGUGAUCAGGGCCAGACGGACCCGGUGGUGUCCAUAGCGAGGGAUCAGAGCAGCGUGCAUCUGCAGCUGCUGAUGCACGAGACGCAGCCCCCCUCUCACUUCACCGUCAGCACCGUCACCAGGACGUACAGAGGCUACAGCAUGUCUCCGCAUGCGUCGGAUGUCACUGUGGAGAACAACCUGUCCCGGGUGGUUUCGGCUGUGUCCCACGCACUCACCUCCUCCACCUCCAGAGCUCUCACGUUUGGCUGCUGUGAGGCCCUGUGUCUCCUGUCUUCAGCAUUCCCAGUGUGCACCUGGAGUGUGGGCUGGCACUGUGGGUACGUCAGCUCAGUUAGCCAGCCGGUGCGCUCCAGCCUCUACAAGAACAGGGCUCGCUCUUUCAGCCUGUCCCUUCCAGGCUCCGGGGAGGAAGCAAGGAGGAGCUGCAUGGUGGGCAUGGCCAACAUAGUGCUGUCUCUGCUCUCAUCUGCCUGGUUCCCCCUUGAUCUGUCUGCACACCAGGAUGCCCUUCUGCUGGCUGGCAACCUCCUCGCAGCUGCAGCUCCAAAGUGUAUGAGGAGCCCCUGGACGGGGGAGGAGGAGGCUAACACGGGCUCCACCAAGCAGGAGGAGCUGUGGGCAGCCCUGGGUGACCGCUCUGUGGUCGUCCUGGUAGAGCAGCUCUUCUCUCACCUGCUCAAGAUAAUCAAUAUCUGUGCCCACGUGGUAGACGAGGUAGCCCCGGGCCCUGCUGUCAAGGCAACCCUCCCCUCUCUGGCCAACACGCCCUCCCUGAGUCCCAUCAGAAGGAAAGGGAAGGAGAAGGAGGCUGCAGAUGCAAGCUCUACUCCCAUGAGCCCUAAGAAGAGCAGUGAGGGCAAUCCAGCAUCCAGACCAACAGAGAGCACAGGGACCACCACUAUCAACAAGUCCACCUCUCUGGGCAGCUUCUACCACCUCCCCCCCUAUUUGAAGCUCUACGAUGUUCUGAAGGCAACGCAUGCCAACUACAAGGUAACACUAGACCUUCACAAUGCCAAUGAGAAGUUUGGCAGCUUCCUGAGGUCAGCCCUGGAUGUUCUGUCCCAACUGCUGGAGCUGGCCACACUGCAAGACAUUGGAAAGUGUGUAGAGGAGAUCCUGGGAUACUUGAAGGCGUGUUUUUCCAGAGAGCCCACCAUGGCCACCGUCUGUGUUCAGCAGCUGCUGAAGACCCUGUUUGGGACCAACCUCGCGUCUCAGUACGACGGUUCCUGGUCCAACCCCAGCAAGUCCCAGGGCAAGGCCCUGCGCCUGGGCUCGUCCAGCCUGCGGCCGGGGCUCUACCACUACUGCUUCAUGGCCCCCUACACCCACUUCACCCAGGCGCUGGCCGACGCCAGCCUGCGCAACAUGGUGCAGGCGGAGCAGGAGCAGGACGCGUCGGGGUGGUUUGAUGUGAUGCAGAAAGUGUCCCACCAGCUGAGAUCCAGUAUCACCAACGUCACCCGCCAUCGAGGGGAUAAGAAUGCUAUCCACAACCACAUCCGCCUGUUCGAGCCGCUGGUGAUCAAGGCACUGAAGCAGUACACGACCACCACCUCAGUUCUCAUGCAGAAGCAGGUCCUGGAUCUGCUGGCCCAGCUGGUGCAGCUGCGGGUCAACUACUGCCUGCUGGACUCAGAUCAGGUGUUCAUUGGGUUUGUGUUGAAGCAGUUUGAGUACAUUGAAGUGGGGCAGUUCAGGGACUCGGAGGCCAUUGUCCCCAACAUCUUCUUCUUCUUGGUCCUGCUCUCUUAUGAGCGCUACCACUCCAAACAGAUCAUCAGCAUCCCUAAGAUCAUACAACUUUGCGAUGGCAUUAUGGCCAGCGGCAGGAAGGCUGUCACUCACGCUAUCCCAGCACUGCAGCCCAUCGUGCACGAUCUGUUUGUGCUGCGCGGCUCCAACAAGGCGGACGCGGGCCGGGAGCUGGAGACACAGAAGGAGGUGGUGGUGUCCAUGCUGCUGCGCCUCAUCCAGCACCACCAGGUGCUGGAGAUGUUCAUCCUGGUGCUGCAGCAGUGUCACAAGGAGAACGAGGACAAGUGGAAGAGGCUGUCCCGCCAGAUCGCUGACAUCAUCCUGCCCAUGAUCGCCAAGCAGCAGGUGCUCCUGGAUUCCCAUGAGGCCCUGGGGGUGUUGAACAGCCUGUUUGAGACGGUGGCUCCCUCCUCUUUGAGGCCUGUUGACAUGCUGCUCAAGAGCAUGUUUGUGACGCCAGCCACCAUGUCCUCUGUGGGCACAGUUCAGCUGUGGGUCUCGGGGAUCCUGGCUGUGCUGCGAGUCCUGGUGUCCCAGUCCACCGAAGACAUCGUGCUCUCCCGCGUGCAGGAGCUCUCUCUGUCCCCCUACCUCCUCUCCUGCCUCGCCAUAGACCGCCUCCGUGCCGACAGCCUCCAGACGCCUCCUUCCGAGGAGGGUGUCAACGGGGAGUCACAGAAAUGCCCCCCAGAGGAGACCCUAGCCAGGUUCCUGCUGCAGCUGGUGGGGGUUCUGCUGGAGGAGAUCUCCACCAAACAGGUGAAGGUGGACAUGAGCGAGCAGCAGCACACCUUCUACUGCCAGCAGCUCGGCACUCUGCUCAUGUGCCUCGUCCACAUCUUCAAGUCCGGUAUGUUCCGGAGGAUCACUGCAGCCGCAACAAAGCUGCUGAAGGGAGAGGGAGGAGAGGGCGCCUUCUACACCUUGGAGGGCCUGAACGGCAUGGUGCAGUCCCUCAUCACCACUCACCCCUCCCUGGUGCUGCUCUGGUGCCAGGUCCUCCUCAUCAUCAACUACACCAACUACGCCUGGUGGUCCGAGGUGCACCAGACGCCGCGACGGCACAGCCUCUCCAGCACCAAGCUGCUGAGCCCUCACAUGGGUGACGGGGAGGAGGAGGAGCGGCCGGAGUCCAGGCUGGCUGUGUGCAACAGGGAGAUCGUGCGCAGAGGAUCCCUCAUCCUCUUCUGUGACUAUGUGUGCCAGAACCUGCAUGACUCAGAGCACCUGACCUGGCUGAUCGUGAACCACGUGCAGGACCUGAUCAGCCUCUCCCAUGAGCCUCCGGUGCAGGACUUCAUCAGCGCCGUCCACCGCAACUCUGCGGCCAGCGGCCUCUUCAUCCAGGCCAUCCAGUCCCGCUGCGAGAACCUGUCUGCCCCCACCACUCUGAAGAAGACCCUGCAGUGUCUGGAGGGGAUCCACCUCAGCCAGUCGGGGGCGCUGUUGAUACUGUAUGUGGACAAGCUGAUCAACACGCCCUUCCGCGUGCUGGCGCGCAUGGUGGACACCCUGGCCUGCAGGCGGGUGGAGAUGCUGCUGGCUGAGACGCUGCAGAACAGCAUAGCACAGUUACCCCUGGAUGAACUGGACAGAAUUCAGGAAUAUCUCCAAAGCAGCGGUUUAGCUCAGAGGCACCAGCGGCUCUACUCCCUGCUGGACAGGUUCAGAGCCACCGUGGCCGAGGACACGAGCAGCCCGUCCCCUCCUGUCACCUCGCAUCCCCUGGACGGGGAUCCCCCCCCUGCCCUCGAGAGUGUCACUGCAGACAAGGACUGGUAUGUGGCACUGGUGAAGUCUCAAUGCUGCCAGUGCACAGAUUCCUCCUUGCUGGAGUCCACUGAGCUAUUGACCAAAGUGCCCCAGGCAGAUCUCCCCUCCAUCAUGGCCUGCAAGGAGUUCAAUCUGAGCCUGCUGUCCCCGUGUUUGAGCAUGGGGGUGCAGCGUCUGUCCCGCGACCAGGGCGGCGUCCUGCUGGAGGCUGCCCUGCAGGUCACCCUGGAGCGUCUGUCCGGCACCACGCAGCUGCUGCCCGCCCCGCACCAGUCCUUCCCUCCCCCCGCGGCUCCCGCCAGCUCCUACUGGGACAAACUCAGCGACGUCUAUGGAGAGCCAGGGUUAUACCAGACAGUGCUGAAUCUGAGCAAAGCCCUGAGUCAGUACCUGCUGGCUCUGCCCAAGCUGCCUGCCGCCCUGCAGAUCCCCAGUCACAUGGAGGCUGUCAUCACCAGGUUCACCGGACUGGCCCUGGAGAUGGUGUCGUGGCAGCUGGUGCAGGACCAGGUCCCCCUGAGCACGGACCUGCAGGCCGCCCUCUCCUGCUGCUGCCUGGCCUUGCAGCAGCCCGUCGUCUGGAACCUGCUGGCCUCGGCCGCCUACGUCAGCCAGGCCUGCUCCAUCAUCCACUGCGUCCAUCUGCUCGUCCAAGCAGUGGCUGUGGAGCCAGGAGAGCAGCUGCUGCCAUCAGAGAGGAAGAGAACACCACCAGGGAGGGGUGCAGAGGAGGAUGAGGUGGAUGCAGCCUCCGCUGACAAUGUGUGCGCGAAGAGGGCCUGUGAAAUUAUGGCGGAGCUGGUAGAGGGUCUGCAGAGCAUCCUUGCAUUGGGCCAUCCCAGAAACAGCAAGAUCCCAGCAUUCCUCACUCCCCCGGUGCGGAACAUCGUCAUCAGUCUGGCCCGGCUGCCGCUGGUCAACAGCUACACUAGAGUACCUCCACUGGUCUGGAAGCUGGGCUGGUCCCCCAGGCCAGGCGGAGAGUUGGGCACGGUGCUGCCAGAGAUCCCUGUGGAGUUCCUGCAGGAGAAGGACGUCUUCAGGGAAUUUCUGUAUCGCAUCAACACUCUGGGGUGGAGCAGCCGGACUCAGUUUGAGGAGACCUGGGCCACACUGCUGGGGGUGCUGGUCACACAACCCAUAGCUAUGGACCAGGAGGAGGAGAGCCAACAGGAAGAAGACCUGGAGCGGACGCAGAUCAACGUGCUUGCAGUGCAGGCCAUCACCUCUCUGGUGCUGAGCGCCAUGACCCUCCCCGUAGCCGGGAACCCUGCGGUCAGCUGCCUGGAGCAGCAGCCCCGCAACAAGACCCUCAAAGCUCUGGACACUCGGUUCGGGAGGAAGCUGAGUGUUAUCCGGGGCAUUGUGGAGUUGGAGAUCCAGGCCAUGGUGUCCAAGAGGGACAACAUUCCCACGCACUUCCCCUACCAGGCCUGGGACCCUGUGCCGUCCCUCUCCUCCGCCUCAGCAGGGACCCUGAUCAGCCAUGAGAAACUCCUCCUUCAGAUCAACACAGAAAGGGAGAUGGGAAACAUGGACUACAAAUUGGGACAGGUGUCCAUCCACUCAGUUUGGCUGGGGAACAACAUCACGCCUCUGAGGGAGGAAGAGUGGGACGAAGAUGAGGAGGAUGAGACAGAUGCCCCGGCCCCAGCGUCACCUCCCACCUCCCCGAUUAACUCCAGAAAACACCGUGCCGGUGUGGACAUCCACUCCUGCUCCCAGUUCCUGCUGGAUCUCUACAGCCAGUGGAUCCUGCCCGGCAGCCCCAACAGUAGGAAGACCCCAGUGAUUCUGAUCAGCGAGGUGGUGCGCUCGCUGCUGGCUGUGUCAGACCUGUUCACAGAGAGGAACCAGUUUGAGAUGAUGUUCAGCACACUGUCGGAGCUGCAGAAAGUCCAUCCAGCUGAGGACGAGAUCCUCAACCAAUACCUGGUCCCAGCUAUCUGCAAAGCAGCUGCUGUCCUGGGCAUGGACAAGGUGACGGCAGAGCCGGUGUGCCGCCUGCUGGAGACCACGCUGCGCAGCACCCACAUGCCCAGCCGCAUCGGCGCCCUGCACGGCAUGCUCUACGUGCUGGAGUGCGACCUGCUGGACGACACCGCCAAGCAGCUCAUCCCCAUCAUCAGCGAGUACCUGCUGUCCAACCUGCGCGCUGUGUCUCACUGUGUCAACCUGCACAACCAGCAGCACGUGUUGGUGAUGUGUGCAGCAGCUUUCUACAUGAUGGAAAACUACCCGCUGGAUGUGGGCUCAGAGUUCACAUCUGGCAUUAUCCAGAUGUGUGGUGUGAUGCUGUCGGCCAGUGAGGAGGCCACGCCCUCGAUCAUCUACCACUGCGUCCUGCGGGGCCUGGAGCGCCUGCUGCUGUCGGAGCAGCUGUCCCGGCUCGACGGGGAGGCCCUGGUCAAGCUCAGCAUGGACCGGAUCAACAUGCCAAGCCCUCACCGAUCCAUGGCUGCCCUCGGCCUCAUGCUCACCUGCAUGUACACAGGGAAAGAGAAGUGCAGCCCAGGACGGGGUGCUGAUAGUGAGCCCACAGCCCCUGACAACGAGUCGGUGAUUGUGGCCAUGGAGCGUGUCUCUGUGCUCUUUGACAGAAUCAGGAAGGGCUUUCCAUUUGAGGCACGGGUUGUGGCACGCAUCCUGCCGCAGUUCCUGGAUGACUUCUUUCCACCCCAGGAUGUGAUGAACAAGGUGAUCGGGGAGUUCCUGUCCAACCAGCAGCCUUACCCGCAGUUUAUGGCAACUGUGGUCUACAAGGUGUUCCAGACGCUGCAUGCUACAGGCCAGUCCUCCAUGGUGCGGGACUGGGUCCUGCUGUCCCUCUCCAACUUCACCCAGAGGACCCCGGUGGCCAUGGCCAUGUGGAGCCUGUCUUGCUUCUUCGUCAGCGCCUCCACCAGCCAGUGGAUCUCCGCGCUCCUGCCCCAUGUCAUCAGCCGCAUGGGCAAGUCGGACCUGGUGGACAUUAAUCUCUUCUGCCUGGUCGCUAUGGACUUCUACAGGCACCAGAUCGACGAGGAGCUGGACCGCCGGGCCUUCCAGUCCGUCUUUGAGGUCGUGGCCUGCCCUGGCAGCCCCUAUCACCGCCUGCUCAGCUGCUUGCAGACUAUCCACCAGGUCACCGCAUUCUGAACUGUGUAAAGGCAGACAGACAGAAAGGGGAGGGUCCUGAUGUCCUCUCUCAUGGGGCACAUAAAGAAAUGUGUCAAAGCCAGUCUGGCGUCAGACACACCUACUGCACCCCUGAGAGAAGCAAACCUUUAUAACAGCACAAAUUGGCUGGGUCGUAUGCUUGUUGAUUUCUGCUCGUACUUCUGUCUCCCAAGCCAUUGCCUGCAUGGGCUGAACACUACUCUUUGUAUAAGAGCUCUUCCAGCACUUGAGAGAAAACACUAAUUAAAAUGAAUUCACACACUGUUCGUUGAGAACUUUAAGAGAAAGGACUGAUGUGACAUAAAGACAAAGGAAUUAAAAUAGUUUAUAAAUUACAUUACUUAUAUUUUAUGGGCAACUUUAUUACAGAAAAUUAAAUGAUUGUUAUGGCAAGGCACUCCACUGGAACAGACUGCAAUUCUGCUGAAUAUUGAUGGAGAUGUUUAGUUCAGGAUCUCAGUAAGAGUGAGAGGCAUGUGUGCAGAGGUUAGUUUUGGUUUGCAAUUCAAAGUUCUCUGUUCAUCAGUGCUGUUAAGGCUGAGACUGGACCACCACACUUCACUAUAGAUGAAAAUAGUUUAUUUCUCG